CCACCUGUUUUCAAGAUCCUUCCUUUAUAAGUUUGAUUUUAUUUUAUUUUAGUAUAUUCGUUUAUUGAAAUGCAAAAAUGAAAUAAUCUUAUUUUUGAUGAGAAUAAUAAAAUUUCGUUUAAAAUACAUUUUACUUUCUAAUAUUUUAAUUAAAAUAUCUAAUAUUAAUCUGAAUAAAUAUUAACAAACAAUGGAAUUUCUGGAAUACAACGAUGUUUCUGCCGAGAUCAAAGGGAAUAUGGUUCCAGGCCGGUUGAAAAUGACCGAUCAGAGUAUUGUAUUCAAGAACAGUAAAACCGGUAAAGUGGAGCAGAUAUCUGCUAAUGACAUCGAGUUAGUUAAUUUUCAAAAGUUCAUUGGUUCCUGGGGCUUGCGAGUAUUUAUGAAGAAUGGCACUCUUCACAGAUAUGGUGGCUUUAAAGAUGGAGAACAAGAAAAAGUAGCAAAAUUUUUUAAAAAUAACUACCACAAAGACAUGUUAGAGAAGGAGCUUUCCUUAAAGGGAUGGAACUGGGGUACAGCAAAGUUUAAUGGUGCAGUCUUAAGCUUCAAUGUGGGAUCCAAUACAGCAUUUGAAAUCCCUUUACAUUAUGUCUCCCAAUGUAACACAGGCAAGAAUGAGGUUACACUGGAGUUUCAUCAGAAUGAUGACACUCCAAUCUCUCUUAUGGAGGUGCGCUUCCAUAUUCCAACGAAUGAGCUGGCAGGUGACAUGGAUGCCGUAGAGGCGUUCCACCAACAAGUCAUGAACAAAGCCAGUGUCAUCUCAGUUUCUGGUGAUGCCAUAGCUAUAUUUAGGGAAUUACAGUGUCUCACACCUCGUGGUCGCUACGAUAUCAAAGUAUUUCAAACAUUCUUCCAACUGCACGGUAAAACAUUUGAUUACAAGAUUCCAAUGUCCACUGUACUUCGCCUGUUCCUGCUGCCGCAUAAGGAUACUCGCCAAAUGUUCUUUGUGGUGUCUCUCGAUCCACCCAUCAAACAAGGUCAGACGAGGUAUCAUUACCUGGUAUUAUUGUUUGGUAUUGAAGAAGAAACAAGUUUAGAACUGCCAUUCACAGAGGAAGAAUUGAAAGAUAAGUAUGAUGGGAAGAUUACAAAAGAGUUAUCAGGGCCCACUUAUGAAGUUUUGGCGAAAAUUAUGAAGGUCAUCAUAAAUAGAAGAGUUACAGGGCCUGGUGAUUUCUUAGGGCACCACAAAACACCAGCGAUAGCUUGCUCUUACAAGGCAGCCGCUGGGUACUUGUACCCAUUAGAAAAAGGAUUUAUCUACGUACACAAACCACCUGUACACAUACGUUUUGAAGAGAUUGCAUCUGUCAAUUUUGCUCGUGGUGGGGCCUCCUCCACAAAAUCAUUUGACUUUGAAAUAGAACUGAAGUCUGGUAGUGUUCACACAUUCAGCAGCAUAGAAAAGGGCGAGUACGACAAGCUGUUUGAUUAUAUCUCAUCCAAGAAAUUACACGUAAAGAACACCGGCAAAAAUGACAAGGCGUUGUACAACGAUGACUUCGGCGACUCCGAUAACGAGAAGGAACCGGACGCGUACUUGGCGCGCGUGAAGGCCGAGGCCAAGGAACGCGACUCCAACGACAGCGACGGCUCCGACGAGAGCACCGACGAGGACUUCAACCCGGACAAGGCCAGGGAGAGCGACGUUGCCGAGGAGUAUGACACGAAUCCGUCAUCUUCAGAAGAUUCCGAUGCAUCUGGAGCGUCCAAUGACAGCAAAAAGGAAAAGAAAAAAGAGAAGAAACCCAAAAAGACAAUCACAAUUUCGGAGGCACCUAGGAAACGCAAAGAGAAGUCCAAAAAACGUGAAAAGGAUGUGAAUGCACCCAAGCGUCCGGCCACCGCGUUCAUGCUGUGGCUGAACGAGAAUAGAAAGGGCAUUGUAGAAGAAAACCCCGGCAUCAAAGUUACUGAGAUAGCCAAGAAGGGCGGCGAGCUCUGGCGAGAACUCAAGGAUAAGUCGGAGUGGGAAGAGAAAGCAAGUAAAGCCAAAGAAGAAUACAACCAAGCGAUGAAGAAAUACAAAGAGAGUGGUGCGGCAGACGAAUUCAAACAGAAGAAAAAGCAAGCGGAAAAGGAAAAGAAAGCAGCAGAUAAAAAGAGUAAGCCACCGAGUAAGAAAGCCAAGAAUACAAGCGCAGGCUCUGGAUCCGGCGGCAAGUUUACUAGUAAAGAGUACAUUGAAGACGAUUCUAGUUCUUCAGACUCUGACAAUGAGAAGAAGAAGGCGGAGAAGCCUAAAGAAAGUAAAGACACAAAGAAGAGCAAAUCUAAGAGUUCGUCGUCGGAGGCCGAGGCAUCUUCUGGAUCUGGUAACGAGAGCGGCAGCGGUAGCGACUAAUACCGGUUUAGUACUUAAGAAGCCUCCUGAUUAUCAAUUGCAACGUCAUAC